AUGGAACCUGACACCUCAGAAAAUAUUUACAUUUGCAACAACUACAAAAUAUUAUCUCGAAACGACGUGAGAAAUAUUUUCUUUGCUUUUCAUGUAACAGCAUUUAUAUUUGCAGCACUAGUUUCACUCGCAAAUGGAACGUUUUUAUUCAUAUUUAUAACAAAAUCGAAAAAGCGCCGUAGCAUGAAAACAUUUUAUGCGCUUUUGUCGUUUUCGGAUUUUCUAUAUGGAUUAUUUGUGGCUGUAACAAUAAGCGUGUUUCUAAAUAAGACUUUUGAUAAACUCUGUCAUGUGCAAGAUGCAAUGGAUAGUAUUGGCUUCGCUUUUUGUACCAUGUCGUUAUGUGCUAUAGCGGCAAUAUUAGUGGAAAUCUACUUAGCAAUUAUGAAACCACUCACACAUGCAACACGAAGAGACAAAAACACUAUUUCGAAAAUACUUGCUAGUUCUUGGAUUGUAUGCAUUCCUCUUCCCAUCAUUUGCAAGCACUACGUACCUCAGUUCUGGGAUGUUUAUUCAAUACUUUCUUGGGUAUUUAUAAUUCUCCUGCUCUGUUUCAUUGUUUUCGUACAAACAACAGUUUAUUUGUACGUGAAACGAAAUCCGCACGUACGAAGUCGAGAUAAACAUGCAGUUGUCACAACAGUGAUUUUUACAUGCUCAUUCUUUGUCAGUUUCAUACCUAUUGCGGUUAUUGGAAUAUAUUCCAAAUUUUUCCGUCACAGAGCGAUUCUUGAAAGUUACAUUUUACCGUGGGCUUAUCUGAUGACAGGCAUCAAUUGCCUGGCAGAUCCUAUUGUAUGUGUAUUGAGAACAGCCGAAUGGAGAAAAAUAAUACUUCGUAAAGUUAGAAGGACAAGUAAUACUGUAGAAUCUACAAUGUAG